AAAAACACACCAUUAACUUUGUUUUUUCAUACCAAAAAACUUACUGUUUCUUGUUAUCACUAAAUAUGAUUCCUUCUCUAUUUAUCCUCAUUCUCUUACUCUUUCUCAACCUUCAUAGAGCUUUUUCAGCCCAUUGCACCACCAUUACCACCACCAAAACCUUUGAAAAAUGCAUGCCGUUACCCUCACAAGAAGCAUCGAUAGCAUGGACGUUCCAUAGGCAUAAUUCAACUCUCGAGUUGGUCUUUUCAGGUACUUUUAUAUCACCUUCGGGCUGGGUUGCGUGGGGUAUCAACCCAAACUCUCCUGAAAUGACUGGAACCCGAGCGUUGAUCACAUUCCCUGACCCAAACUCUGGCCAGCUCGUGCUACUACCGUAUAUCUUAGAUCCAACGGUAAAAUUACAAAAGAGCCCAUUGCUAUCUCGCCCACUUGACAUCCAUCUGUUAUCUUCUUCUGCUACAUUAUAUGGCGGACGAAUGGCUACUGUCCACAAUGGUGCUACUAUUCAGAUAUUUGCCACAUUAAAACUUAAACCAAACAAGACCAAGAUUCAUCAUGUAUGGAAUAGAGGCUUAUAUGUACAAGGCUACUCUCCAACCAUCCAUCCGACCACCAUUAACGACCUUUCCUCAAUCACAACCAUUGACGUUUUAUCAGGCUCAUCCGCCUCUGGCCCAAAAAGCAACAUCAAAAUUCUUAAACUUGUUCAUGGCAUCAUGAAUGCUAUUUCAUGGGGUGUAUUGUUGCCUAUUGGUGCAGUCACUGCACGUUAUCUACGCCAUGUACAGUCACUCGGGCCAAUGUGGUUUUACGUGCAUGCUGGAAUUCAACUUUCAGCAUUUUUCCUAGGGACUGCAGGUUUUGCCAUUGGAGUCCACUUGGGUCAACUGUCUCCAGGUCGGGUGUAUGGACUUCAUCGUAAGAUUGGAUUUGCAGCAUUCUUUUUGGGCUGCCUUCAAACAUUAGCAUUGUUGUUUAGGCCCAAGACUACUAAUAAAUUUAGAAAGUAUUGGAAAUCAUACCACCAUUUUGUGGGGUAUGCAUGUGUAACUUUAGGAGUUGUAAAUGUGUUUCAAGGGUUUGAAGUGAUGGGAGAAGGGGGGUCUUAUGCUAAGUUAGUGUAUUGCUUGUGUUUAGCUACUUUGACCGGAAUUUGUGUCGCGUUAGAAGUGAAUUCUUGGGUGAUUUUUUGUAGAAAAUCAAAGGAAGAUAAGUUGAGAAGAGAAGGGAAUUUAAGAGGUCAAGAGAAAUCUUGUGGAUCAGAGCAUGGUGAUAGACACUAGCCUUCAAAUUAAGUUUUUUGUAUUUUUCCUUGUAACAAAUUUUGUUUGUAAUCUUUCAUUAUUAAAGUGAACCACACCUGGAAUCAUCAUGAAUGCAAA